GUUGCGUGCAAUUUUGCACAGAAAAUCUGUGAAUAGCUGAGCUUUCAAACCUUUCUGUCCACAAAAUAAGACUGUUUUAAGAAGGUCUUACGAAUUCAAGGAGCUUUAGAAAACAUGGACAGCAAUUUAAAAGUAGGUAGCGAGCGUACCUCGUUUGUAUAAUGUUUACAGCCCAACGAGCGAUCGAGCGACCGCAUUUUCCCACUACCCGCUAUAACUCGUGUUGCACAUGCGCAAUUCACCAGUUAAAAAUGAUAAGUCAAUGAGCGCGUUUAUUGCGCGUGGGAAAUUCCUGAUGGAGAAAUAGAAUUCUUUAGGAUUGUUAGGACCAUUAGAUUUAUUGUUUUGUUAUGUUUUGUUUGGAUAUAUUUGUCGUUCUUGUUCAUUAUGUUGUUUUUCUACUUACUUACUUUGGUGGGAGAGCACACAGGUACACGUUAGCUACAGCCGUGUUUAUCAUAUCUACAGUUUUCACUGAGCUGUAUGCGUGCAAUAGCUUGUAACUAUCCAAAUUUAACUACACCUGUAGUUAUAUCUUCUUCAUAAUUGUUUUGUAUUGGUAUUAGGACUCAAUCUACCAGGAGAUAUCAUCAGAGAAGUAGAAGAUGCGUGGCAAAAUGUUGUAGAUGUUGUAAACAGGUCAUGCGGAUCCCAUUCUCUAGAGGCCGAGUUUUUUCCCUUUGCCGAGGAUUUGGCAGAUUUUCAUGCGGCAGUUGGUGAGAAAUGUUUCCAACAAAUUCUUGUGUGCAAAUCAAUUUACUAAUUUAUAUCUCCUUUACUUAAUUUAUAUCUACGUUCUCUAAUUGAAGGGUUUGUUUUUCGUUUCAGUUGACAUGGAUUGUGAAUUUUCCUUCUUUACUCUUCUUUCGAUCAUGGAAACAUGGUUCAACCUUACUUUUUUUUCGCAGUGUUGCACGUAAGGGUGCAAGUCUUGAACUUGUCUCAUAUCUGUAAAUGGAUUAAUUGACAAAAAAAGUCUUGAAAAAGUCUUACUAGGACUUUUGAAGUCAAUCUGAACCGAAAAAGACAAAACAAGUCGGAUAUUAGAUCAUUCAAAUAAAUAACUUAAAUAGUAAGCCAUUUUGGCUCUGUUCCCUCAAAAAGAAGUUAAACAUCCGAUACAGCUGUAGGCGGGAUAGUUUCUUUUAAUUUUUGAAAAUUGAAGAAUUAAUUUCAUAUUUUUGAACCGCCAAAUUAGGUGACGAGAACUGAAAACAUUUAGGGGCUCAUUUUUUUUCUGCCUCAACAGUUUCGGUUGUGCGUUCUGAUGCAGACUCCACCAUGAAGCUUAGGCGACUUACUGAGGUGCAAAGUGAUCUUGUGAAUGACUAUGCUGGAGGCAUUCGGAAAGAAAUUAACGCCAUGUCAGAGUAAGAUAAUAAAAAGCUAACGCCUUGUCUUUCAUGUGGCUUUAUGCUUGGUUUUUCCUCGUUGGGGGAACUUGUUAAGUCUGCGCGACUCGUCCUUGUCCAUUUGUGUCCGUUAAACUCGCAGUUCGUGUGGCUUGCGACUGCAUUUUAACAAAGUUAAACGAGGUGCGCAGUUUUCAAAGCCGCGAAACAUUAGAGACUAGAACAGUGAUGCUGCUGGUUAUGUUGGGCGUUACUGUCAAUGUACAAUUUUUGUUAUUGUUGUUUCCACAAAUUAUGACUUAUUCAUUGAUUGAGCGUUUCUAUUUGUCGUAAAUAUAAAUACAAUUGGAAUGCUAAUUUAUGUACGGUCAAGCUCGAAAAACGCAACGAUAAGAAAUUUGUCGUGCUUCAGAAACUUUCCCCUUUUAUUAUCAACUACGAGCUCAACAAGUUUCCAAACAUUCCGAAAGGAUGCAAGACUAAUUGAAUUGAUGAGUUUAGUCAAGUGAACUCAACAGAAACCCUGAAAACGAUUGCUGUUUUAUUUUAUUAUGCAGUUUGUUUGUUUGUUUUUUGUUUGUUUGCUUGUUUGUUUGUUUUGGGGAUAUUAUUUAAUGCUUGGUUUGUUCAUGCACCGCAGAGAAAUGAGUGAUGACGAGAUACCUAAUGUUGGCCGAGAAUUUGAUGAACGAUACCACUGGCAUUCUCUUAAGCCUCUUUCUGAUGAUUACGACAGAACAAAGAAAUCUAUAACCGGUAAAAUACCUCCAAGUUUAUUGAUAUUGAAAGUUAACCAGCAAAUAACUGUUUUCACAGAAUGAAAUCACAGCACAUCUUUAAAUUAUGUUGUCAAUACAUCUCUUUUCAGAAAAACCUCCAAAAGAUCUUUGUCAAAAGAAACAGUAUUUUCGAGCUAAGCAGAAAUAUAUUCGCUUUCAAAGAUUCUACGGCAAUUCACUGGUUGGUGGCACUGAUCAACAAAAAGUCAUUGUUGUCCAAGAGCCAGGGUCAAAGAAGAAAAAAGUAGAAAGAAAGGAAAGUAAACAGGUUAGUUUGUUUUUAGUCCUUCAUAACAAUAUUUUUUAACAUUUUUGGGACGUUUUAUUCGAAUAAGAUAUGAGAUAUUUUGGGUGUAUUGCAUGAUUUUUUUUCUCAUUUGUUUGUUUGUGUUUUGUUUUGUUAAUUUGUUUGUUAGAGGGAAACUGAUAUUUACCCUCCCUGGGAAUGAAGAGUAGCCAAUUUAAUUAGAUAUAUUUGAAGAGUCAACCCGACAAUCACUUCGAAAUUCCAGUCCGAGAAAGGUGUUUUCCGAACUUGUCUUAAGAAACACACUCACUUUUGAUUUUUUUACAGGGCAAAAAGGCUUUGGAAAUAAAAGAGGAAAAUCUUAAAAAAAUUACCAGUAAGUCGUUUACAUAUAGUUGUACCUCUGAAAAGGAUCAUGUCCAUGAAAUAUCAUCACUUUCAUGCGUUUCGUAACUGUUUCGCUGUAUUACUUCUAUGUGCCAUAAGUAAGGAGCAAGCGUGAUAAGAUGACAAGUAAGGAACUGAUCUUCUCAAGUUUACUGAAAUUUGCGACAAUACAAAAUUACGGAAGAGAGCAAAUUCUGGCCUCCACGGUAAUUAAAUUAAAACCGUGCCUCUGUGCCCUGGAUAUAGAGAUUACGAGAUUAAAUAUCCUGAGUACAAAAUACCUGUGCUCUUGCAAGGGAUGCUUGUUUUGUAACUAACAUGAUCAAGACGUUGAUUUCAAUAAAAAGGAUUGAAAUUUACUUUUUUUUUUAACAGAGAAAGCGGCAUCGAAAGAUCAAACAAAUUGGGAUACCAUUAUGAUGGACAUCAAAAAAUGUCUGAAGAGAGAUGAAUUCAGCAAUGCUCUUGAAUUAGUUGAUAGCUAUCUGUCAGUUUUUAGAUCUCCGAAACUUCGUCUUCACGCACUCAUGACAAAAGUCGACAGUUGCUUUGAAGCCUGGAAACAGACAAGUAAGUCUUAGUAAAACAAAGUGUUUUCACAAGACAUUACGGUAGGUAAAUUGGGAAGGCGGCCUUAUGCAUGUUGGUGUUCCAAGUCAGUUUUCUGGGAUCGGAUCUCGUUUUUUCAUGUAAAUCCCUUCGAUUCUAUAAAUAAAUUUACCUGCGACUUUAAACGCGUUGAAAAAGCUCUCUUGGGAGAACAAGGAUGGAAUUUCAAAAGUAAAAAAUCUAAGAGCGCAUUCGCGCGACAAGGAUAUUAAAGUUGCACUGCAGUUUAACAAAUUACCAUUUUUUUUUCACUAGGAGAUGCUGACCCAGAAUCUAAUGAUGUGAAAUAUACUGUACUUUUGAUGGAAAGUGUCCACAAAAUUUCUCAAGAGUUAUCAAGGUUUCUGAAUGAUAACGACAGAAAGAAACUAGCCAAAAUAAUGCGAAAGUUGGGAUUUGACGACCUUGUUCCUUUGUUUUAUGAGAUGCCACCAGAUCAUGAAAGAAAGGUAAAUAUAUACCAUUUCAUAUAAACUAUUCAAAGUUUGCAUGCGAAUCUUGCUCAAAUGUAGUCUUUACAGUCUUACUCUCAUUAUAAUUCAAACGACUCUAAAGAAGAAAGACUCUUAAAGAAUCUCGAAUCUCAUAGACACCGUUAUACACUACAUGUCGUUCGAGAUUACAGUUAAAAAACAAUAAAAGUUACUAGUGAAGAAAUGAUCAUCGGAGAUGAACUGCAAUAAAGUAAAUUACAGGAAAGAAGCCUAUGGCGGGAGACAUGUGACAUGUGAAUGAACAUGUUAAGGAUUAUCAAACAAAAUUUGCAUACAUGCUUACCGUGACAUAGUUCUUAACUGUUGAUAAUAAUAUAAAAUCAUUUUUUUAAAAGAUAUCCUUUUGUCCAAAGAUAUUGUUAGAGACCAAUGAGGUAAGAAUGAUGAAUACCUCAGAAUUCUUAGACAGAAAUGUCUUUUGAACCUAGAAUGAACGGCUUUUUGUUCACACUACAAGCACCAGAUUCCAACUUGAACACAUGGGGAAUUUGUUGAAACGGGAAGAGAGAACUGAUCCGGACUCUCGGGUUGAACAUUUUAUCCCGGAUACAUGGCAGGUAUGCAUGAAUGUCACGAAGUUGUACGGCACACAAAAGCACUCACGAUGUACUGACAAUUCCCGGGUUUAAUAACAAAAAUGAAACGAAAAAUUACAAAAUAACUGGCCUCACGAUCCUCGUGUUGUUUGCGUUGUUUGUCCUGAAAAACCUCCUUCUUUCAUAAUACUCUUCUGUCUCCUAUUACAAUUUCACUUGUCAAUCAUAUGAAUACUAAAUGUGAUAUCCGGUUGUAACGCUAGACAGUCACGCUAGUUCCGGUCAUGAAUAUAGAUCCUUUUCCAUACGUAAUAAAAAAAUAUGGUCAUAAUAGUUAUAAAAGUUAUGGUAAGUGCCCUUCCGAGGCGGUUUUUUCGGUAUCACUUUGUGCAAGCUUAGGAAAUUUUCUACGUUAACGCCGAAGUGUCUUUUAUUCAAUUCGAAGCGCGAACUUCUCGAUGCUGUCGAUAACAAUGAAUCAGCUGUGAUAGUAGCACCAACUUCUUCAGGAAAGACUUACGCCUCCUACUACUGCAUGGAGAAAGUUCUGAGGCAAGACGAUGAUAGUGUAGUGGUCUAUGUCGCACCGACAAAGGUAAAGUGGCAUUCCCUGACAUUUUCUUUCUGUAAGGAGACUAUCCCGGCCUAGUUAUGUAUCGUGGCAGGGUUCAAGGAAAAGUGUGCUAAAAAACCAAUUGAUUAAACAUAUAGAAAUGUUCCACUCACCAAAGUUUGAGAGUCCAAAGAAUGUACAAUUGAAUGACCUUGCCCUUUAGAGUUGUCUUUAAAAUUCGACCAUAGGCGAAAAACGACUUAAUAACUUGGCCACUUACCCAUAACCGCGCCACGCCUUUCACCGAUAUAUGCUGUGUGGUAGUCGCUGAGACAAUGUUUUUUAGUUGUACGUAUAAGAGAGAGAGCCAACAGUGGAGUGAACGUAAGUGGCCAUGUUGGUAAGCGAGAUUCAGAAUGUGGCCUCCGCAGUUUAGCACAUUCGGAUACAAGGUGACGAGGUGAGGUAACUCAUUGGAGUUUCAAAACGCGGUCAGCGGCAUGAUUUUCUUUAUACAUUUUAUUUGUGCAGGGAAACUUUAUAUGAUUCCUGGUUCAUGCUUCCCCUUCAAUGGCUGAAGGGCCCACUUCAUCCGAUCGUGCUUCAAAGUCCAAAUUCUCACCUAAAUCUCAGCCAAAAUUUGUCUGGUUUGUUGAGUUGAAUAACAUCCACUCGUAUGUACAUGUGUUGUAGAAAAGCUAUCCUUAUUUAGUUUUGAUCAUCAUCAAUGCAUGUCACAAAAGAGCCCUAUGAAGCCAACAUUUUGAUAAACUUUCAAAUUUAUUCAUUUCUCACCUUGGUCAAGUUUCGAAUAACCGUGUAAGAGUCAAUAAGAUCCCAUUUAAGUUUUGAACCCAUGUAGAAUAAUUUAAAGAAACAGCAAGACAAUAUUGUUGUCUUAUUUUAUUUACUGUAUCAUUAUGAUCACUAAUCAAUUCUUACUGUCCCUUAAGGCUUUGGUCAAUCAAGUCGUUGCUACAAUUUAUGCGCGGUUUACAAAAAAGAUGCCUGGUGGUAGAUCAGUGUUCGGUGUUUUUACGAGGGACUAUUGUCACAACGCACUAAAUUCUCAGGUAACUCGAAAUUAAUUUGAAAAUCGGUAGGCUUAGUAACUUUCGUUUUCCCUUGGAUCAACUCAUCUUUUUUGCAAAAGUAUGAGAAAAUGCCUCAGAUCUCACUGGCUUAGAAACUUACAAUUGUUGGGUAAAUACUUUUAAAAUUUAAUCCUAAUACAGAAUGAGAUUUCAAAAGUACCUUUCUGUUUGCCAUUUUACCUACAGAUUCUUGUUACAGUCCCCCAGUGUUUGGAGAUCCUCUUUCUCUCUCCGCACAGACAGCAUUGGACGAAGAACGUAAAAUACGUUAUUUUUGAUGAGGUAAAAGAGCAUCAUAUCCUUCUGUUGCCACGCCAACAAGUGAACGUUUGUUGAACAUGCAGUUUCGCUGAGCUUGUUUGUUCAGCUAAGUAAAUGAGUUUAUUGAAAAAGCUAUUAUAGGCUUCUUCCUACAUGUCUGUUUCCUUCGUACUUCGUAUUUAAAUAGAGUGUUGUUUCAUUAUGAGUUGCAGUUUCAUUAACUAAGUCAUGGAACAGUUUGCCCUCUCAAGUAUGUCUCUCAAGGGAUGUAAAUGACUUUAAAAGUAAAUUGUAAGAUUGUAGCUUUUAGAACGUGUCUUAUAGUCUCGUCACGUUUUUAGCUAUCUUAUAGAUUUUUUGGUUUAGGAUUUAGCUUUUUUAUAUUUUACGUAUUUAUUGCUAGUUGUUGUAUGCUUACUGAGUUUUUUUAAGAUGGUGUGAUAUUAUAUGUUAGCUCUAAUUAGUAAAGAUCUUAUUUAUACAGAUUCUUAUUUUGAACGAAUUAUUAGCUCCUCGACGAGACGUGUUAAAAUAAAUAAUUGAUUGAUUAAUUGAUAUUAAGUUAUCUAUUUUAACCCUUAUCCGCAAGUGUAUAAUUUAAGGGAAAUAAGUCAGACUGAAGUAAAUUCUGUGACGCUCUACAUAGGUUCACUGUAUUGGUUCAGAAACUGGAGCUGAAGUGUGGGAGCAUCUCCUUCUUAUGAUUCGCUGUCCCUUCCUGGCGCUAUCAGCAACCAUUGGAAAUCCAGAGGAUCUAAGACUGUAAGAAUUGAAGAGAUAUCAGUUUUUCUCCUGAAGGCUUCUGUUGUACUACUAGAAGUAUCAUAUUUGCUAUGACUUUCUUUUUGAUAACAGAGGUUAAAAGCAUUCAUUCUCUUCCGUACAGCUGGCUGCAAGCCGCCCAAGACUUUCAUGAAGAGCAGGACAGGAAAAACAAUGAAACUCUGAGGGAGUCAUAUCGGAUCAGAUUAGGUGGGAAACAAUACUUUGAAAUGCUUAUCCUUGAGUGCUUUUUCACCUAUUUGUCAUUUACUCCUCUUAUUUCGCGGAAACAAAACAGUUUAAUGUCGAUAAUGCUGUUGAUAGACUUUCUCUCAAGACGGCCUUUGAACUCAGAACUAUUUCUUUUUAUUUUUUUGUUUUUUUUUUUUCGGGAGAUAUUUGCGACACGACGGUUCGCGAAGGUAUACUACUUCUUGUUAAGCAUAAAGUCAAAAAUUUUCUUUCUUUUAUAGUGACACACCAUAUCAGUUUUUACUGAGGAACUUAUCUCUACUUAUUCUUAUUUUUUCAUUGAUUUCUUCUGAUUCCUUGCCUAUUUUUAAGUUCAAUUUGAAGAAAGAUACUCCGAUCUGGAGAAGAGCAUUUUCCUUCCAAGUCCUAAUAACGAAGGACAACAUGUGAACAACGACAGCGACAGCAAGGAGUUCGUGAGACUUCAUCCAUGUGCCCAGCUAGGUUUCAAACAGGUCAGGCGUUUGAUUCUUCUUUAGUACACUCAAGAUUUGUAAGCUUUAGAAACUCUUUAAAGUGGCCAAUUUACAUUAUCACCUCAGUUAGUAAAAACAAAUUAUCUUGUUAUACUACCACUGACGCAGUACCACAGUUUCUGUAGAAGGUUACCCCCUUUAUUCAAGAUUUUAUCAGUUUACUGUUAGUGACAUAAGACAACAACCAAAGUGAACCAUAACGUUGCAAUUCACCGAUGAAAAUAAUCGCGAUUUCAUUGAUUUUCCCUCAGUCUACAGGUGGAAACUGCAUUAUUACACCUGUGAUAUUUUAUUCUUUUGUUUAUAAUGCUUCUAAAAUAAUUUAAGUAAUGUGUUCUUUCUUUUGACAUCCGUUUAUUCGUUUGCCUUCGAUCUCGAUUCAAUUCUCAUAACAGUGCAUAGUUUUCUUCUUCAUCGCUCAGAAUGCUAUUGUCUUUCGCGACAUGUACUUACAGUGCCCAGGUUAUCAACGACCAGAAUACAAUUUGCAUGUCUAGAACUUAUCAGCUGUGAUUAGUCAACAAAUUUAGCUUUGGGAAUACUUGAGUCGCACUGCAGAUUUCAGUUGCUGUCUUUCAAACGGUUUGGUGCAUGAUGUCAGUCCCAAGAUGCGAUAGAGUUAACAAUAGCACGUACACUAAUUAAAGAAUGGAAUCAGGUUUUAGUUCAUAUGCUAAGAUGAAUAUACUUGCGGAGGACUAUACACGGGGAAAACUAUACACGGGGAAAAUUAUACACGGGGAGGACAGACCCAUAAAUGACGUCACCAUCACCGACAUGUCGCUCAAAUAAAUUCUAUGCUGCGAUGCCUCUGUACAGCCGUAGAUCACAGUAGACGACAAAAUGUGGUAAGCAUAUCAAGAGCAAACUCGGCUGCACCUCGUGUGGUACUUUUUGUUCUUACCACAUUUUGACGUCAUCUGUGAUCCAUGAUUGAGUAGACGCAUGGCAACAUGGAAUCUAUUUGUCAAGUUCUGAGGGUUUAGACGAAAAGCUAGGCAAAAGCUAGUCCGAUAUAUGGCAAAAUCCAUGGAUUUGUAACCCUUACGCUACCCUCCCUUUAAUUCGAGGUACUUACCCAAGAGUCUCACAAGCUAUUUUUCUUACACAAACAGCUUUUAGAAAAUGGUUUUCCAGGUGAUAUGGCACUUACACCAAAAGAGUCUCUGCAGUUGUAUGACACUAUGGUUAGUGUGUGGCCAGACUGUGAAUCACUCCAGGUCAGCGCAUUUUUCAUUAAUAUUUCAAUCUUGUAAAUGCCGGUGGAGAAACAAUGGUUAAUGUGAGUAAAAUUUCUCUCGGCAGCAUCUUUGUCCUGAAACAUAUUUCCUGGAAAAUAAAUUGAUCCAAAAGCGUCAUGCUCGGCAAUACGAGAGAGACCUGAAGAGGGAGUUCAAGUCUUGGGCAGACAGCACAGAGUUGACAAAGGUAAAAACGUAGGGGUCGUGGGGUUCAUAUCCUGUACAUGCCUGCAUUUUUCAGGCUUUAUUUUCAUUACUGCUUGAUUAGCUUUCAAAACUGCAUUGAUGUCUCUCAUUUCCAAUUAUCAAUCCGCAGUUUUAAAUAUUUCUUAUUCAUUUAUUGACAGUCUUUCUUUUUUUGUUUCGCAUCGCAUAACCAUGCUCAAAAACAAAUGCAAACAAAUUUUUUAACAAACAAUAAAAACAAAACACGCACUUUGUAGGAUACAGGCUCUAGUUGUAUUGUGUAUUGAUCGUUGUUUUUGUUUUCUUAGGUUCAGUCAGUUAUUAAUUCUUUGAACUCAGUUUUUUUGGAAAUUCAUUCGUCAACUGAAGAACAAUGGGGUGAACAGAGAAUGACUUCGUAUGGUAAACCAUUCAUAAAGAAAAGUUUUGAAAAACUUAUCAACGAACUCAAAGCCCAGGAGAAACUGCCUGCCUUGGUAUUUAGGUAAAUGAGAAUUAUUAAGAGUCAACUUUAAUGAACAACACUAGAUCUUACUCAACCCUUUAACACCCAUGAGUGACCGAGAGAGAAUUUCUCCUUACAAUAUCAACUGAAUUCAAUAUCAAGAAGACUAGUGAUGAGAAUAGGGAACGUGUUAAAUGAAUGACGGAAACCUAAAUUUUCCCGCAAUUAUUUCAACAAGUCCAUAAUUAUUCAUCGUGGUAAAGUACAUUGAUCAUGAAAUAUUGAUGUCUGCGCCACGAUGCAAUCGUUUCUAGUGUGGAUCGUAACUGUAUGUUAAAUUUAACUGUUGGUUAUUGUCAGGCCUACAGGUCGACUGGUUGAGCGUCAGCUUUUGAAACAUUGAGCGUUGCUGUGAUUAUUUUGCUUUCAACCGCUACCUUCCAGGCUCUCCUAAUGUUGUAUUUUUUGUUAUUUUGUUUUGUGGGGCUUCCAUCUAUCUUGGAUAACAUUUCAUUAACUCUUAAAAUCCUAAGAGUGACUAUCAUCUAAUUUCUCGUCAAAAUAUCACUAUUGAAUCACAUACUAAGGUCAUGAGCGUAAAGGAAAUAGUCGCUAAGGAAGGAACCCUUUGAUUGGCAAACAAAUUCUCCUUAUCAGCAUCUAAGGAAAUGUCUAAGGAAGAAUAUGCGUACUGAUAUUACGGUGUAAAGGGUAAAUGAACGAAUAUCCGUGAAGAAAAUCCAAAUGUCAAUGUCAAGAUAUGUGUAAUUCUUCUUCAUAGUGAUGAUCGUAGACUCUGCGAAGUUUUGGCCCUCAGUUAUGCUCAGAAACUAGAAAACAAGGAAGUAAUUAUGCGAAGAGAGGCCGACACAAAAGAAUCAAGACUUGCACAGAAGAGGCAAGAAAAAGCUGAAAAAAAGUUGCAGAGAAAAAGAGAUGAAUUACAGAAAGAAAAAGAGAAAAGGUAGUCAGUUCAGUGAUUUUUCUGCCUUGUUCAACUUAUGAUCGUGAAACUACAGUUGUGUACAACCUUUGUGACUUGCCUUUUUCCUUUUCGUACAUUUAUUGUUCAUUCUUUUAUUUGGACGGUUUUCCAAAGUAUCUUUUUAAGUUCAAGGGGUUCUUCUGUAGCAGAGCUUGAGUUGUUGUAUAUUAACUUCUUAUUAACCGAGCGUGAGGGCCGUAUGGAGGAAUAUUGACCCGACGGCAUGGUAAUACGUGGUAAUAACGAGGGCUUUGUUGUUGUUGUUGUUGUCGUUUGCUUUUUUCCUAUUGCUUUUACGAGACAUAACUGCUCUCCAAGCAGAUUAAACAGCCAACCGGAUGAGCAAGAUGAGAGUGGUUCUAUUUCAGUCGUGGAUGAGAUUCUACCAGAGUGCUCAUUGGCAUUUACAUUUGGGAUUGGAAAAGAGGUAGGAAGCAAAGGAAUGUUGUUUCGAUAACAAAACUGGUGUUUUGCCACUUUUUUUUCAUUUUUUUACUCAGAAGAUCGGGUUUUGAGUUUACUUCUUUAAAUCGCAAACUAAAAUGCUGUUUUUUUGGAACAAUGGAACAACUCCAUAUUAUUAUUAUGAAAUGUUGGCGGUAGCCAAACAAAGAUGUCCUCUUGCAAGGGCUAAAUGCCACUGAACACAUUUGAAAAAAGCAAUUAUUUCUGAUGCACUUAUCAAAAGAGGCAUUAUGAAGACAAUCAGAUAAAAUGCGAAUUGAUUGAUUUAAUUCAUUUGUAGGGUUACGAAGAGAUAACAAAAAGAAUCUGGUUCAUCUCUGACAAAUCGUUAUUCAAGCGCGCUCUAAAACGAGGAAUCAGCUUUCAUCAUGGUGGAUGUAAUGCCAAAAAGCGCUCCGUAGUGGAAAUGUUGUUCAGAGGCAAAUACCUUCAGGUAAGAUUCCGUCAAUAGUAUGUAAACAGUUAAAUAGACACAUAUUUAGGUGUACUCGCAAAAGCAUUUUGAUUUUGAAUAUUUUGACGAAAAGUAUGAUUCCAAAUGAAGAUUUACACCUUAAGGGUGAGUAUAAACGAUGAUCCUUAUUAAGAGGGGUGUUUCCCUCGUAUCUGCUCAUGGUAUCAUCCUAAGAGUUUGAUUAGGCUUUUUGGUAGGAAAUUUAUAUGCAGGCAAGCCUUAAAGAACCGAUCAUGCGAUUGGGCACACAUUUUGAAAUCUAGUACAUCGCAUUACAGUAUUUAUUUACCUUUUCAGGUGGUUAAUUCAACUUCAACGUUGGCUCUUGGUAUUCACAUGCCUUGUAAGACAGUCGUGUUUGCUGGAGACUCGCCCUACUUAAAUUCACUACAGUACCGGCAGGUAAUUAAGUGGGACAUAUCUAACUUAACUCAUAGUCAGUUCUCGCUGUUCGAAACUUCUGUGGUGAAACGUUUCCAUGAUUGUUGGCGAUUUUGUAAAUUGUUCAUUCGAUGUAUCUCUUUCAUUCCCUGGAUAGCAUAACGCAGGGGUUUCAAUGAAAGUCGAUUACCGUCGGUCUACCGCUGCCUAUAAAACCUCUCACCGUUGUCUGUUUAGUCUACGAGUAGGCUCUCGUGUUCAUCACAGCCGCCUGUUAUGCCAUCAAGAGUCGUUUAUGGGAAACGUUUUUGAAACCCCUGCAUAACGAUGUUCCCUUUACACAUGUGGUGAAUAAGCUUCAUAGCGUCCAAUACACAUGUAUGUAUCAAAUGCUUGAAGGAUAAUUUUUGACAUCUUACACGUGUCACUGAACAAUCUUUUCCGUAAUAGCUGUAAUAAUACCACGAGUGUGAACCCAGGGCUUUAUUUGUCAUUUUCAGAUGUCUGGCAGGGCGGGUCGGAGAGGUUUUGAUCCCGUGGGAAAUGUCAUUUUCUUUGGAAUUCCUUACCGUAAAAUUCAACGCCUCAUGACUGCAAAUAUCCCAAAGCUUGUCGGCAACUUCCCCAUUACUGUCUCACUGGUUCUGCGGCUGCUUCUGAUGACAACCCAGGCAGAUGACAAGAAAGAUGCCCUCACUAAGGUUUCGAAGGACUCUUUUGAAUGAAUUUUUAAUGGUUUCCUUUUUUUUUCAAUAGACAAUAUGAUAAGAUAAGAUGAGUUACCUUCAGGCAGUAAGUGUGCCCUUUGCACUCGACUCACGCUUGAUUAGAAAGCCUAUUCUUGCCGAUAUUGCUCAACUAUGUAAAAAUAAGUUUCUGCUACGCCAUUGUUUUGCGCAAGAGAUACUCCCAACUAAUUGAAUACAUAUACUUCAUAAUCAAAUUAAGACAAGAUAAUUCACAAUUACGACUUUACGUGUGUUUACAAUGUUAAGAGUAUAAGGUGCGCUCGCACAUGUCCUUUUUAGGCCCUAGUAUUGCUGUCUCAUCCUUUUAUUUGCCGAAAGUACCCGCAAAUGGAAACCCAGAUCAAGCUACAUUUCCUCUUCAGCGUUGAACUUUUAAUCAGAUUGGUGAGUGGUACGGCCACAGGUUUUUUAUAUCUCUAGUUGAUACAAGAGUCACUGGCAACGUUUUGCCUGCACAGUAUUAUCCUUUCUGUAUAUUUAGUGAGUUGCGAUCUCUCACAAGAGUAGGGAGAGGACUUUCCAGAGUUUAGUGUGCUUAGCACACCAUAAUUUGAUCACGCUACGUGACAAAUCAACAUCUAGUAAGUGGAAUUUUAAGGCUAGUCGAAAGCCGGCACGAAUGGAUUUACAACCGAUGCCUUUAAUUACUCGUUCAUUUCCAGUCUCUUAUAAACAAAAAAACCGGAGCUCCACAGGAAAUGGCCGGACUGACAACUCAUCUUCACUACCAUGAACCUUCCAAUUAUGCCCUAGUCAGUUUUCUACAAUGUGGUCUCUUCCACAAGCUGUGUCAGCCAGAGACAAACGGUAAGCCCGUAGCUCCUUUCAAACUGGACGAUUGAUUGGCUCAAUGACACUUUUUUAGAGCUUUUUGGAAGGAACACACUUUCCAGAUACUCAGGGAAAACGAUUCCUUGGAAAACGAUUGUUUGUAAAAUCAUAAAAAAAGGGGAAAACGUCUCUAACUUGAGAAAUCGAAGGGUUUUUUCUCUCAACUGUAACAUUUCUCGAUCAGCUGUCCUGCCUGGUCGUUUUUUAGUCCAAACUGUAGUCUUCUUUCGCCCUUGCUGCUUACCUUUCACAGCUAUAGUUCUUCUCUGAACUUAAAAAUUAUGCAUAUUUGACGUUUUAUUGGCAAAUGUUGUAUGUACCUUAUAACGUGAAGCGGCCUCUAACAACAAAUAAGAUGAGAUGUUGUAUCGUUUGCCUCUAGCUUAGAGCGAUGGGGUAACAAAGGAGGCCCGGGAAACGUAUUAGGGAGUAAGGUCGCCUGGCUUUAAGGGACCUCUUUACGUUAGUUGGUAGGUUAAGUCUGCUCUCGAUUGGCCUACAAGGUGCCACACUUUAUUUCGGAUUUGUAUAUAUAAAGUGUGUAGAAUGAUUACUAAUCCUCUCUGGAUGGAAUGUCUAUCUGCUACAGCUAAUUCGCAGCUUCCCCGACAGUUCCCCGCUAAUCAGGUAUACUCUCGGGGGAGAGAAGUAUUGUGAAGAUAAAACGUCUUGUCCAAGAACACAACACUAUGACCCAGCCAGGUGUCGAACCCAGACUUCUUUACCCAAAGUCUAGUGCGUUAACCGUCAGGCCACUACGCCUCUGAUUUUUUUCUGGAGAGUCUUUUUUAACUCUAUUGUUAACGCCGGCGUAUUUCUCUUUGGCAAACUUUGCAUCCGUACUUCGCGUUUCAAUUUGCGUUAAUUAUGUUUUUCACUGUGACAGGUAAAUUUUCCGAAGAUGUUAUGAGGAAAAUGGUGCUUGUUCUGAGCCACUUAUUUGGAAGAACUUAUGUUCAUCCUUCUUUCAUGCUGAGGACUCCAUCUUCUUCAAAAGUAAGCAUAUCCUUCCCUUGGAUGAUUUAUUGAUCUGUUCUAAGAAUUGGUGUGUUGUAAAGCACGAAUUGAGGAGGGGCUCAUCUUGAAAACAAGUUUAGUUUCGGUACGUUAUUUUGUACUUACCCACGUUCACAAAAAUGUGCUCUAGACUGCGCUCCUUUAAAAGUUUCAUUUGAAGUCUUGGAAGGUGGUCGUGAACUUAAUGCAGGAUAUACAAGGCACUGGAAAAAAACUGAAACCAGUUUUACCAAAACUAAUGAAUUUCCCUCCCGCACGUCAAAAUAGAUUUUAUAGCGUGUGACUGCUAGGCUUCUUAAAUGUACAAACCAUGGAAACGUUAGGAUUUUGGACUAAACGCAGGUAAUUUUGGAGGAUCUCCCGAAUGAAUUUGUCAAGGCAGUCAAAAGCUACAACCGUCAAGUCACCCAUGUGUUUAGUCAGUACCUUGCCACAGUGGCUAAGUGGCUGGAGAAAGACAGAGGAGAGGAUAACAAACUCCCUUUAUCAGGAAUAGGUAAGAAUUACUUAAUGCGUAUUCUUUUUUGCAAAAUUUUGAUGCUUGCACAGUAAAUUGAAAUGUAUAUUCUGAGAAAAUGUCACUUCGAUAAAGAGAUUCCAUGUUGCCGUGAGUCUGCUCAGUAAUAAAUCACAGAUGAGGUCGAAGUGUGGUUAGAAGAAAAAUGUAGCACACGAAGUGCAGUCUAUCGAGAGUCACUGAUGUCCUGACCACAAUGUGACCUCAUCUAUGAUCUUUUACUCAACAGAAGUACGGAGACUUUGGAAUCUGUAGUGUUUCUUUCAUAUAAUAAAAAAAAAGCAAAUGGUGAUUUUAUCAGUGCGUCUGUCCUCCUAUAGAUUAAAAAUAAGUACAACUCAAAAUGCCUGUAUUAUUCAGCGAAUACAGUUAAUUAUUUCUAUUGCAGAAUUUCCCAAAAAAGCCAGCACUGAUGACAUUGACGAGAACGAUAUGAUCAAAGUCCUUGCGAACUCUUCUAUUCAGUAUUCGGCUUGUUCCUCUUUCGCUGCGCUAUCAGGAAAUACAGAAUUCCAGUUGCAUCCCUCAAGCCAAAGAACAGAUGACCAAAGUGAAGAUGAGGUUAACAGUGACGAGGAUGAAUGCGAGGAAGAGCCACUUAAAUAUCUACUCACGGUGAAAAAUGAUCCUCUCGUUUGUCACGUUUGGGUGUCUCUCUUCGGGGGCUCUUUCUAAGCAGACAAUCAGGACAAAAUGUCUCUACAAUCUACAAUAUACCCCAUUCCCACCAGAAAAACGUGUUUAGUUGAACCAGGUUUAAUUGAAUGAAAAUCAGAUACAGGGAAAUGAAAAACUGAAUUUUCCAUAGCUAGGUUUCAAGUAGUCACUAACUUGUAUUUUCAACGUCCCAAACUUGAAGUAGAACUCUGGUUUUAGCAGCCUCUAUGAAGAAAACUGUUUAAAACCGUGUUUGAAACAAAAAAUAGUUUUAGAACAUGUAUAAGCUUUGAUGUGAAAGCGGUAUUAGGCUUAUUGGUGACACUCUGCCUUGAAAGGUAUCGUCUAUGGCAUUUCGCUUUUCCAAGAGCUGAAAAAGGAAUUCAUUGAUCCUUGUUAACUUUUGAUUUACAACGAAAUUAGAUGACCCUCGAUAUUUUUUUGUGUUGUUUAGAUCAUUCGUCAAGAUAUCUACACUGACAUGAAUCUUGUACCCAUUCUCCCAGUCAAGAAUACCCUUCCCCUGAAUGCUUAUGCUUUGGAUUUUUUCAAGCAUGGAUCCCCCAAAGUCAUUGAGAAAGAAAACGGGUAAGAGAGUAACAAAGUUUUUUUAUUCAAUGUGCUGGGAAAAAAAGCAUCUUGUAAAUAAGCAUCAGUCUUCCCCUAUUUGAACCGUUCUCUUUCUUUUAGUUAAUCUUAUUUUUAAAUUUCCUCACGUGAAAUUGUUAGAUUACAAAAAAGUUGUCAAUUUUGUUUAAGGUACUCUCCUCUUGCUAGGUAGUUUUUUCAUUUCCAGAUCUCUUUGAAUCUUGAAAACAUUGCUUUUGAGUUUUACCAUGUGCACUGAUUUCACAGAAUGCAAGCUGGCGAUGUCUUCGAUGCUCUCAAGGAGUUUUACCUGACUAUCAAGUCAAUCAGGUAAUUCUUGUUAAUUUUUAGAGAACACGCUGGGGUCAAAAAGGUGACUGUAUUGUGAUGGAACACUGUCCAAGGUAUUGAACAAAUGUGCUUCUAUAUUAAGUUUUCCUCAUUAUAGCUUGUUCAUACAUCUAUUGCACAUUAAAAAGUGGCUAAAACAUAGCUUUGUUGACAUUGCCAUGUCAGCCAUCAGAGCUUUAGUUUUUUCCCUUUUUUAGUCCAGGAAUUACACACUGCAGAUUUAUUUCCAAGUAUGAUUUUAAAUUUCAGCACUUAUUGUGGAAUGUAAACUAAUUUUCCUUUACCACAAAGCCUCGCAAUUUGAAAGAAAGUGUAGCUUUUUUACCAUUAGUAAUGUACACAGUUCAGUGACACUUCACAAUUACUGUUGUUUGAUUAAGUUACCAGGAAAAUGACAUGUUUAUAUUUUCUUUUUUGCAGUUGUUCACUGGAAGAGCUCAGUGUCUAUCCUGAAACUGACAAUGUAGUUUUGGCUUUUAAACAGCUGGCACAGGAGUACGGGGAAAAAUUCAAAGAGGCGUUUGACCAUGAGGCAUAGGAAGUUGCGAAUUCUCGUGUUCAACUCGACAUCUGACUCGUUUCGCUGCGCUCACUAGUGAGCUAUUGAGUUAAACACUCGAAGAGAAAUUGCUUAUCUACGUGCGUCCAUGUAUUAUUCUCUAUUUGUUUAUGACUUAUUUCCUCGGGAAAAUCCACAAUGUUUUAGAUCACCAACUUCCGGUUAUUCUGUGAAUGCUACGCAAUGGCAAGGACAACAGAU